GACGUGGAGGCGGAAGAAGAAGCCAGAACAAAGCAGCAACAUGGACGACUACUCCGCGCAAAAGCCGGUGCCCGAAAACCUGGACGACCCUCCCAACAGCCGCCUGUUUGUGGUGACCAGCCGCUCCGUGACGGAGGACGAGCUCCGGUCCAGCUUCGCGGUGUUCGGGGACAUCCAGGGCGUGUGGGUGGUCAAAGACAAGCAGACCAAGGAGUCCAAGGGGAUCUCCUACGUCAAGUUCGCGCGCUCCUCGCAGGCCUGUCUGGCCAUGGAGGAGAUGCACGGCAAGGUGGUGUCGGAGGGAACCAAGCCCAUCAAGGUUUUCAUCGCUCAGUCUCGCUCCUCCACCAAGCACAGAGACGUGGAGGACGAAGAUCUGACCAGGAUCUUCGUCACCAUCCCGAAGACCUUCACAGAGGAGGAUCUGAAGGACACCUUCAAGGAGUACGGCGACAUCGAGUACUGCGUGAUCAUCAAGAACAAGGCCACGGGCGAGAGCAAGGGCCUGGGCUACGUCCGCUACUACAAGCCGUCGCAGGCGGCCAUCGCCAUCGAGAACUGCGACAAGACCUACAGAGCCAUCCUGGCUGAGCCUCGCACCAAGUCUCAGGCCAGCGAGGACUACAGCGCCGGCCAGUCCAGGGCCGACUACAUGGCCAGCAGCUGCGACUCCAUGAACCAGUACAGCUACCAGAUGGCCGACCCAGGCAGCUACCAGAUGAUGGACUAUCGUUCGGACUUCACGCGCUGUGUGAUGGUGACCACCAGGGCGGCGCUGACCCAGGAGCAGGUCUUUGCUCUCUUCGACCUGAUUCCCGGCAUGGAGUACUGCGAGCUGCAGAGAGACGCCUAUGGCAUGAGCAAAGGUCACGCGCUGAUCCGCUACAGCAACCUGGGCUCGGCGCUCUACGCCAAGGAGAAGCUCAACGGCUUCGAGUAUCCGCCGGGGAACAGGCUGGUGGUGAACUUUGUGGACGACGGCGAGGAUCGGAGCGGGUCUGUCAGCCGGAUGGCGAUGCAGUUCGUGGCGUCGCAGAUGAUGUCAUCAGUGUGGGCCGGCUCCAACAGCCAGGCCAUGAACACGCAGGCCUACGCCGCUCCGGCCGUGUCGCGGAUCCAGACCGACGUCAGCCUCCCUCCGCCCAAGAAAAUGGCGGCCGCCGACGGCAAGUCGAAGGAGCGGCUCUUUGUGGUGUUCAGCCCCUCCCCCCUGCCUCAGGACGUGCUGGAGGACGUCUUCUGCCGCUUCGGUUCCCUGAUGGAGGUCCACCUGAUCCCAGGGAGGAAGGUGGGCUACAUGAAGUACGCCGACAAACAGUGUGCGGACGAGGCCAUGGCGGCGCUCAACGGCCGCGUGGUCAACGGCGUGAAGAUGAAGGUGAUGCUGGCCGAUCCUCCCCGAGAAGAGUCCUACAAGCGGCCGCGGACCUACUGAGGACGGCGCGGUGAGUUGCUGCUCUCUCUUCUCUCCUGAGGUGACCUCGCCAGAGACGCCACCUCUGAGCCGCGCGAGACAACGUUCAGGACCUCCUGAACCAGGUGUGCUCCUGCUGCGCGCUCUCACGGCCACGUGCUGCUCACCAGCCUGGCUCGUUUACUGACCUCUGCUGGUCAUAGCAACUGGUGCUCUCCACCCUGGACUGAAGCAGCUGCGUCUCCAACCCUUCACCGCAGCAGCAGCAGCGGGACGGUGUCGUGUGUGUCGUGUCCCGGUGUCCGUCGCUCCUGUCCUGUGUGCCUGUGUGUGUGUGUGCGCGUGCAUGCGCGUGUGUGUGUCCUCCAGCGGCCAGUAACUCUGCAGCUUCUUAUCCUCCAGGUGACUGUUGUCACGACACUGACACGCGAACUGACCGACCGACCGACCAACCAACCGACAGCAAGACCUCCUCCCGACUCCCGACCCGACCUUUGACCCCUGACUGCGGUCAGUGACCCAGAGUAGGGCCAGUCUCCGCUGCUGUACUUUGAUGGCGUCGUGUUAGGCCCCGCCUCCUUCCUGCUUCUCUGUUGCCCUGCUUGAGUUGAUUUAGCGGAGACUCUGAUUUGGUCCUGAAGUGAAGACACAACCUGCUGCUGCAUGUGGAUUUGUUGACAAACAACACGUGACUUCCAGCUCUUUGGUGCAUGUUUUGUUCCAAUAAAAG